UAUGUGUUAAAUCGAUUUAUUUUUAGAUAACUAUUAAUUUUUUCUAAACUAUAAAAAUAUAAAUGUGUUUUAUUUUAUAAGUCUCAUCAAUUUAAAAUAUCAUCAAUGAUUAUUAAACUUGCUAAAGUAAUAAGUUGUUCUUCAGAACACUCAUCCUAUCCUGUUUCUAAUCUUUUGCAACAUCGUUCAAAUUCUUCAUGGCGUUGUGCCAAACCUGGAGAAAUGCUUGCUACUGUUAUAUUUCAAAUGGCAGAACCAUCUUGUAUUACUGGUUUAGACAUUGGCAAUUAUCGUAGUUGUGUAGUAGUUGUUACUGCUUCUACUUCAUCGGAGCCUGACAAUUGGAUUCCUAUUGUAAAUCAUCAAUUUUUAACACAUGAUGAAGCUGUCAAUGGCCAAUUUAAAGAUCAAGUACAGAUAUUUGCAAAAAAAGAUCUUAAUCCAGACACAUUAAAAAUAAAGUUUGAUCGUGUAAAAGUAACUUGCAUGCAAUCUGCAAAUUUAAAAGAAUUAUUUGGAUUAUCUUUUAUUGUAUUGAAAACAGAAGUUGUAGUUGAUUUAGGGUUAGAUAUUUUUGGAAGAUUUAAAUUGAAAAAUCCAGAAGAAGAUACUGACAAAUUAAUAGAUAAUUUAAAAGAAAAAUAUAUGAAAAUGAUAAACAAUAAAAAACCAGAUUAUAAAAGUGAAUUACUUGCAAAGAUUAAAGAAACUAGUAUGAAUAAUUUUUCUAUACGACAAGAAGAGAAUAGAGAACCAAUGAAAAGACCACUAUUGGAAAAAUUAGAAGCUGGAAAAAAAGAAGAAGUAUUUGGAACUAAAAAAAAAGAAUCUAAUAGUUCAAUUUCAAUAAAUGAUUCUAAACAAAAAAAUAAAAAAAUUGAAAAUGAUAAACCAGUAAUAAGAACUCCAUUUGGUGAUAUUGUAUCUUCACCUUCAUUUAAAAUAAAUAAAAAAGAUACAAAAAAGAACGAAAACCAAAAAUAUAGUAAUAUAAAUAGUAAAAAACGUUCUUUAAGUCCUGAAGAAGGUUCAUCAAAAGAAAAUAUAAAUAAAAAAAAACAAGAUUGUCCUCAAUGUCAAGAUGAAUCUGAAAAUAAAAUAUGCAAUAAUUGUGGAUUAUUAUCAAAACCUAAACUAACAACCAGGUCAGAAAAAGUUGCAAAAAAGCAAGAUAAUCAAAGACCAAAAAAAUUAUUUUCAAAGCUUUUUGAAGAUGUAUCAUUUUCACUUAGUGGUUAUGUUAAUCCACAGAGAGAUGAAAUUAGGAAAAAGGCUCUUCAAAUGGGAGCAAAAUAUGUUGCUGAUCCCAAUACAACUAAUAAAAAAUGCUCUCAUUUAAUUUGUGCCUUUAAAAAUACACCAAAGCAUCAACAAUUAAAGAACUAUUCUAAAAUUGUUACACACAAUUUUAUUGAAGAUUGUUUUAAUGAAAAGAAAAGAUUUCCUUGGAGGCGUUAUGCUUUGGAUAUCAAAGAUAAAUCUGAACCUGAAAGUGAAGAAGAAAUUUUAGGUAGUUCAUCUCCACCUAGAAUAAUUAAUGCAUUUGAUCAAGAUACUGAUUCAGAUUCUAAUUAUUAAGAUGAAUAUUUUCUAAUAUAAUAUGUUUAUAUUAUCUUCUAAAGCAGAAUCUAAUAUGUACAUAAUAAAAAUAUUAAAUAAAUUAA